AUGGAAAAUAGUAUACCAUACAACUUAUCUAUAAAAAAGAGAAAUAUAUUUUCAUUGGAAGAAAAUCAUAAUUUAAACUUUAAUUCAUUGAAAAAUAAUGACACAUAUCAAGUUAAAUUAAGACACAAAUAUGUGCAUGGAUACCAUUCAAAAAAAAACAAUAUCCUUAAAUUUGUAGAGAACAAAUUUAUGUACCCAAUAAAAAAUUUAAUAGUCAUAUAUGAUUUAAUAAACAGGGACCAGUUAAUUUUUUCUCAUCACACUAACCAGGUAUUUUUGAUCAGAUGUAAAGAAGAAAUCAGAACUGUUCUUAGUGCUGAGGAAGAGAAGAAAAAAAUAAAAAUAUUUAUAUGGAAUAAAUUAAAUUUAGAAAUAUUAAGUGAGAUAAAAAUAAAAAAGAAAAAUUUCAUCGACAUAGAUUAUUUAAAUGAUAAGAAUAUUAUAUUACUUUGUAAGGACAAUGACAAAUUAAUCCUUUGUAGAAUUUCUUUAGUAUAUAAAAAUAAAGAAAUAAGAUUGAAUAAAAAAUGUGUCAGUAUUAUAAAAUCCUUGAAUGAUUUUUAUAUACAUGUAAAGACAGAAAAAAGAAGAGAAAAAGAUCAAAAUGAUGAAUAUUUUGAAAAAUGUAACAUAGGGUUAUCUAUAGAAAAAAAUGAUCCUUCUAGAGAAAAAGGAUCUAUAUAUUGUAUAAAAAAUAUUAAAAAUAUAAAUAAUAGAUAUGUUAAACAAAAUAAAAUAUACUCAACUUUAAAUCAAAUGAUGAAAAAAAAAAUAAAAAGAAGAAGAAAAGAAAAAUUAUUAAAAAAUGUGACCACAUUAAAAAGUAUGACAUUAUUAAAAAAUGUGACAUCAUUAAAAAAUAUAACAUUAGGUAAUAAUAAUUUUUCUUGUUGUAAAAAAAAUGAAGAAAGAUUCUUAUUAAUAGACACAUUAAAAAAAAAGAAAUUAUUCAAGAAAUCAAUUUUGAAAAAGAUAAAAAAUCAAAAGUGUCUUAUAAAUAUGAUACGUAUAAAAAGUAAGAAAUAUCAUCAUUUUAAUUUCUCUUCUUAUUAUAUAAAAUUUAGAAAACCCUUUUUGAAUAAGAAUAAAUAUUAUAAUAAAUGUGCAUAUAAAAAUAUAAAAAUAGUAGUUGACAUAAAUGAAAAUAUAUUGAUAUAUAAUGAACACUAUAUAUUUGUAUAUAUAAUAAAAGAUUACAACAUUUAUGAGAGAUUAAAAUAUAAAAAUUUUAAAUGUCCUUUUUUUUCAUCUGGUCAUAUGUUUUAUUUAAGAAAAGACAAUUUUUAUUUUUUUUCCACAUUUUAUUUUGAAUUAUUUAUAAAUAGUUUGAUGUAUAAUCGUGGUGGGUGCUUGAAGAAAUAUAAGGAUAUAUGGACAAUCAAAAAAAAUGAACAACAUGAAAUAGGUAAGAAUUAUUUUAUAAAUGAUGAGGAAGAUCAUAUGAGAAAAACAAAACUUUUGACAGAUUCAAAUGAGUAUAACAAAGAUUAUUUCAAUAUAUUCAACAGUACCUUUGAAUAUGAAAACGAUAUAGACGUUGAAUAUAUAAACAUGUCUUCACAUAAUAAUAACAAAAAAUAUGAUAAUAAUAAUUAUGAUUCUUAUUAUAACAGUGAACACUCUUAUCAAUGUCAUCCCUUUUUUAAUAUUCAAAUAAAUGUUGUAGAAAUAUUCAAUUUUGUGUGCAUCGAACAAUCUGAUGAUAUAAACAUUAUUUUUAAAAUUAAAGAUGAAUAUGGAAAGAAAAGACGUGAUAAUAUAAAUAGGACAUAUAUUAAACAAAAAAAGAAAAAAAAAAAACUGAUCAUAAAAAAAUAUCUUGUUAUAGGAACAAAAAACGGUAUGAUUAUAAUUAACGAUUUUUUAAAACCUCAUAAAAUAAUACAUUUAGAAAAAAUAUGUAAUGAACCCAUCGUAUCAAUUUUUAUUUUUGAAAAUGAUAUGUUAAUAUUAAAUCGUUCUGGUAUUAUAUUUUUUAUGAACGUUCAUAAUUUUGUUAUAUACAAACAUAGUGAUAUAUUUUUUUCUAUGGAAGAUAAAACAAAAAACAUAUCAUAUGAAAAAUGUAAUAAUAAUAUAGAAAAGAAUAUUAUGUUUAGUUCUGAAGAGACAACCAAAAGUAACAAUGAUAAAAAAAAAAAAAAAAAAAAAAUGAAUGAUAAAAAAAAAUUUGGGGAUCAUAAUAAUAUAAGAUGUAAUACUUUUAAUGGUGAACGAUGUGUAUACCACAAAUUCAAUAUGCAUUAUUGUUAUAAAGAACCAUAUAUUGCAGUCAAAAUGAGAGACAUAAAUUCUUUUUGUCAAUUGAAUAUGUAUACAAUAUUGAUAGGAACAACCUAUAAUGAAAUAAUAAUAUAUAAUUUAUUAUGUAAACAGUUAUGUUAUAUAUAUCAGAAGAAUAAUAAAAAAAUUAGUUCAUAUAAUAUACAUAAUAAUAAUAUUAUUUAUAGUAUAGAAAAUUGUUUAUACAAAAUGAACUUACAAAAUUAUGAUACAAAAAAAUUAUUAUGCUUACCUGAAAUUUAUAUUAGUUCAUUUGUUUUUUAUUCAGAUGAUGUUCUUAUAUGUGGCUCUUUUAAAGGGAACUUAUAUUUUAUAGAUAUAUGUAAUAAUAAUAACAUAAAAAUAAUAAAUAGAAUUAGAAAAGAAGAUUUUGUAGAAAAACAAGGAAUGAGGAUACAUAAAAAGAAGGAAGUUCUUUUUGUUUUUAAGAAAAAGAUUGUAAAUAAUAAAUAUAUAAUAAAUAAUGACAAAUGUAACAAUAAUGUAAAAAUAUAUAAUGAUCAUAAUAUGAAAAAGAAUAAUAAAAUAAUAAGUAUUCAUUUAAAUAAACAGAAAACUAUAUUAAUAUGUUCCUUUUCAUAUUGUAUAUAUAUAUAUAAAUUAAAUAUAUCAGGGAAUCAAAAAAUUGAUUUAAGAUGUAUUUCUUAUUUUUCUAUAAAUAAUAUUAUUCAUAUUCAUGUUAUAAAAAAUAUCGAUAAUUUAUUUUAUAUUACUACAAGAGAUGAUGAAAAUAUAUGUUCCUAUAAUUAUUAUUUAUGUUCAAUGAACCCAUGUAAAAUAAAAACAAACAAAAUGAUUCCUCUAUAUUUUAAUAUAUUAUUUGAAAACACUUGGUUUUAUGAAUUCUAUUACUACAAUCAUAAGGAUGACAGCCAUUUUUUGUUUGUCCAAAAUAAUUGGCAUGAUGAAAAAGGCAACAAAUGUUUAAUACUUUUAGAUGAUUCUAUUUUUAUAAUAUAUACAUAUUGUAUAAAUAAAAGUAGACAAAAUAUAGAGGAUAUCAAUUAUAGGGAGCAUAAUUUUAUUAACGUCGUCAAUAAUUCGCAUGUUAUUAGGACAAAUGAGUCCAUGGGUAGUGCUCAAGAAAUUAUAAAAAAUGAUGAAAAUAAUAAAAUAUAUAUAAAUAAUAGGAUAAAUAAAAAUAAUAAAAUAUAUAUAAAUAAUAGGAUAAAUAAAAAUAAUAAAAUAUAUAUAAAUAAUAGGAUAAAUAAAAAUAAUAAAAUAUAUAUAAAUAAUAGGAUAAAUAAAAAUAAUAAAAUAUAUAUAAAUAAUAGGAUAAAUAAAAAUAAUAAAAACAAUGUUAAUACUUCCUGUGAUGAUAACCCGGAAUCAACAAAUCAAGUAAAGAAUACAUUUCCUUUUAAUAAGAUUAAGAAAAAGAACAUUUUUCAUACUAAAAGCAAUGAACAUGUUGAUAAUAUAAAAAAGGACGUAUCAUUGUUAAGUCUUAUAAAAAACAAAGAAGAAAAAAAAAUAAAUAAUAUUGAUACGCUUCUUCAAUCAUGUAAUAUAUUAUCUAAACGAGUUCCCAUUCGUGUUAUGUUAAAGAAUGAAUUCUUAAAUGUUAGAUGCAAAAAGGAGAAUUUAAAAAACAAAAAUGAAGAAAAAGAAGAUGGUUCAAAAGAGGAAUUCUUAAAAAAAAUGAAUAUAAUAAUAAAAAAAAAAAAUUAUAAAAUAAAUAAUCAUUACAUAACAUAUAAAUUAUUAAAAAGUAUGUUGAAAAGAAAAAAGAAUAUUUACUUUUGUAAGAGUCAAAAAUUGAAUUAUAAACACCAUGAUCAUAUUAUUAAAAAAGAUAAUUCAUUUAUAAGAAGAGGAAUUAAUAAUGAAUCAUAUAUAAGAGAUGCUAAUUAUUUAGGAGUAAAUAAAAAAAAUGAAAUUCAAAAAAAGAACUUUAGACCUAAUAUAGAAGUAAAUAAAGAAAUAAUAGAAAUAGAAAAAAAUUGUAAUAGUAGUGAUUAUUACCUUAUAAAUAAUGAUGAAAUAAAUAAUUUUAGUUAUUGUAUAAAUAAAGAAACAAAAUUAAGAACAAACCGUUUAGGAUAUAUAGAGACUUAUUUGAAGAAAUAUAUGAAUACAGAUAUUAAGAAGAAAGGAGAAUUCAUGGAUAAAUUAAAUAUAUCUUCUAAUAAUAUUAAAAAUAUAAAUAGUAAUUUAUAUAAAAUAAGCGCACAAAAAAGUGAUACUAUUAAUUACAUUAGACAAAAGGAUAAAAUUAUUAACAGUUCUAAUGAGAGUAAUUAUUUAUAUAAUAAUAUGAUAAGGUUACCACAAAAGGAGACGGUUACAUAUAUUGAAAAAAAGAAGAAAGACAAAAUUGAUGUAACAGAAUAUGAUGGUUAUACAAAAUUAAUAAAAAAAAAAAAAAAAAAAUACAUGGCAAAUUAUUCACAUUUGUUGUAG